GGGGCCGCCAGAUAGCACUUCAGUGGUUGUAAACAUCUUUAGCGAAUAAAAAUUAUAAAAAAGAUUACCUCGGUAGUUAUGCGUUAUGCGUUUUAUUCUUAAACAAAAGCCAAUAAAUAAAAAAAAUGAUCCCCCCUGUGGCCCCUGGACAAACUGUCGAAAAACAAAACAUGGUUGGAUGGAAAAAUACCUUUAAUAUGAGACAAGUUAGUCUUAUGAAUCUGGCGUCUACGCAAAUGGGUGUAAAAAACAGUUUUAAAUCGAUUAGACCUUCAAGCUCUGCCAAGUCUUUGGAUUUGCUUCGAAAGAAUCUUCAGAAUGCUAUUAACAAAGAUAUUGAUAAUAUUAUUAAGAAAUAUUUAGAGACAUUUUUUCAACCUGCAAUACAUAAUAUACGUAACAAUUUGGGUAAAGAUAGUGUGGGCGAAGAGCACAUUAAACAAGUAUGUAAAAAUAUGCUUGAAGAGGCUAAAAUUAUGUAUAAAAGUUCAUCAAGAGACAGCUCCCCUUAUGAUUAUUCCGACUCUGACUCGGGAAAACGCAAAGAAUCUGACACUGACUCAGAAACAAAUCAACCUAUAACAGGAAAGAUAAAAAAGACACAGAAAUCAAAAAACGCAAACAACUCACUUGGCUGUGACUUCACAAACUACAAGUUACCAGUAAAGCGAGAUGGGCCAAAAUGGAACCCAAAUCGAAUGAGUGAAAACACUUUGUUCAUCAUGGGAGCCCGGGCCAACAAAGUGUUAGGUUAUGGUCAAACGCGAGGCAGGCUGUACGUACGUCAUCCGAACUUGGUUCGUUAUUCGGGCGAUCAGGAGGACAAAGAAUGGCUCGCCUCCAAAAACCUGAUGCCUCCCAGCGGCGGAAAAGCCUACCUGAUGCUUUUGGAGGACAUCGAGGAGUUAACGAGGAGCGACGAGUACAAAAACAACCCCAACUUGCAGAUGCACGAGCUGAAAGGUUUCCAAGUGCCGCCGUUUUUGCUCACGAAAAUGAAAAACUUUAUCGACCACGUGCGGACUGAUAAGACCAAGAAAAUGGUGGACAUUUUCGAGUUUACAAGUCAUUCAGGGUUGUUGGACCCCAUUUUGCCGGAAAGCACCACUUCCAAAUUGGAGGGCAGUCCCUAUCAUCAGUCCGUAUCCAGCACUUUGACUCAGCACAGCCCCAUUCCCACUUCCACUACUUCCACUAUUCAUUCAUCCAACAUGAUGAUCCUAAAGGAGAAUAAUUUGGCUUUGGCCAGCAUUUUAGCUACUAACUCGCACGAUUUUUAGAUUACCUACCUGUUUCUUUUCUUCUAGGUACUGACUAUACGAUGUAUAGUAUACAGGCUUACUUCCAAUGACGUUUAUGCUCUAUAGGAUUUUGAUCAAAAAGCAAAAUUUAAGUUUUUU